GCGACAAACCGGCGGGGUUAGGACCCGGGGCGACGCGUGACGCGUGACGCGUGACGUUUGACGUAUGACGUAUGACAACAACAGGAAGACGGGACUCACGUUGCAGGUGAUGGCUCAGCAGGCGACGGCUGGGCGACGCUACCUGCGGGCGUUCGUUAGCGGCUUCUUCGUCGCCGUUCCCGUCACGGUCACCGUCCUCGAUCGAUUCGCCUACGUGGCGCGAGUGGAGGGAGCGUCGAUGCAGCCCUUCCUGAACCCAGAGGGGGGGUCGGAGUGUGACGUUGUCCUGCUGAACCGUUGGAGUGUGAGGAACUACCAGGUCCAACGAGGCGACGUCGUCUCCGUCCUGUCCCCCAAGAAUCCCCAGCAGAAGAUCAUCAAGCGGGUCAUUGGCCUGGAGGGAGACUUCAUCAGGACUCUGGGCUACAAGAACCGAUACGUUCGCGUUCCCGACGGUCACUUCUGGCUAGAGGGGGAUCAUCACGGGCACAGUCUGGACAGCAACAGCUUCGGACCGGUGUCUGUGGGGCUGCUUCACGGUCGGGCUUCUCACAUCAUCUGGCCACCAAAUCGUUGGCAGCAAAUCAAACCGUCUCUCCCCCCAAACAGAGGGCCGCUGGACACUGAGGAGGAAGAGGGAUGAAGACACACACACACUUUUUAUAACCACAGUAAUGUCUAAAUCUAAACUGAAGUGAGGUGUCCAUUAGCUGCAGUGUUUGGAAAGACAGACUUGUGCAAAGCUGUAAUUUAAACCACACAUUGUAUAAUUUCUUCUAAAAUGUCAAAUUCAGGAGAAAUCAGAUUUUCUGUGAUUCGGUGUCGGAUUGUUCCACUACUGAUAUGUCAACUGUUCGACUGUAAACAGUUUUCAGUGUUUUGUUCAUUUUGCCACAGUCCAUGAACAAUUCUCUCUCAAAGAAAGACCAGACAACAGGGACUCUAACCUGUGACCUGCACCUGAAACGACCAGUCGAUUUUUCAAGCACAAAUUCCAAAUAUUCUCUGGUUCCAGCAUCCUAAAUGCGAUGAUUUGCUUCUUUUCUCUGUUUUAUAUCUCUUGUAAACUGAAUAUCUUUUGGUUUUGGACUGUUGGGCGAAUAAACAAGAGAUCUGAAGACAGAACUUGGACUUUAGGAAACUUGUGAAACUUCUGUAAUCCAGUGGACUCUUUCAUUGAGGAUUUCUUUCAUCAGUCUGUGAAAAAGUGAGCGCUCCUGUCGAUAAUCUGUAAGAUAAAUGAAUCUACUGCAGACCUUGAUAUUCAAAUUGAAACCCUUGUGAUCAUAGAAAAGUGAAGUACUAAUUCAUUUGAUAGCAUUCAAAAACGUUGACUUUUUUCAGUCCAGGCGGCGCUGCAUCCUGUACCACACAAAUAUUAGAGGUGGUCAGGGUGGAUGGUGGGCGCACAAAGUGCAGGACCAUGGUCUGACAUUUUGUAAAAUACGCUUAUUUACUUUCUGGUGGAGAGUUAGAUUAGAACGUCAUACCGCUCUCAUAUCUGUCCCUUUUUAAAUAUAAGGCUACAGCCAGCAGCUGGUUAGCUUAGCUUAGCACAAAGACUGGAAACAGGUAGAAACAGUUAGCCUGGUGUAUGUUGAACUUUUCCUUUAAGGUUAGUGGAAAGAUCGUGGUUUGGUUACAAAAAAAGUAAAUACAUCCCUUUUCUGCAGAUUCACUUACUAUGAAUAUUCUUAAAUCAUUUUGCGACUUUGCAAAAAUGUUAAUUAAAAAGCUUCCUAAUUAUGUUAAUUUAAUUAGUUUCACUCUGGCUCUCUGUCUCCAAAUCCCACAUGAAGCAGUUCUGCAUUUAAUACCUGUUUGACAUGCCUGCGCCUACCUUCACUGUAGAAACACUCACCUCCAUCGUCACAAACUCCAGACAUUUCGUUUUCUGCAACGUCAGCUGAUGUUGACCACCAGCGCCUUCGGGAGAGAAUCGUUCAUGCCAACAGAUCCUGAUUACAGUGUCCAAAAAACUACAUACAGACUGAAAAACUGAGCGUUAUUCCCCUUUAAGGAUGUUGUUAUAGCAAAGCUUCUUUCAUGUCUUUUCUCUCAGUGCGACCUUCAUGUUCAUGACCUUGCAAGUGCACUUGAGGAUAACAGUGUGAAUUCAAUUAUUUUCCAGUGCGAUGGGAUAAAACAAUGCCUGUCAUUAUCUAAAAAUCUGUUUUCACCGUGCUUUUGUUUGUGUCGCUGGUGGUGUCCCCUCUGAGCAGAGGGCUGCUGAUAGUUCACACUGAUCCCAUGAAUAUUUCCUUCUUUAUUAAAUGCUCUUAGAGGAGAAAUGAGCAUUUAGCCUCCCACAUCAACCAGGUUAUCUGAAGUCUUAAUUAGAGAGAAACCACACAAGACAAAACAGCUGACUUCUGCCCGGCUCUCGAACAGCUGAAAAGCUCCGUCUUUCAAGAGGCGCAUCGCUGAUUUGCAUAAAUCAAAUUGAGGGAGCACUUGUGGUAAAUUCAGCCAAAUGGAGCUCUCAGAUGUAGCUGUUGAUUCUGCAAUGCUAACAGCUGUGGCACGGCGUAAUGGGACCCUGGAAGGCACAAGUAGGGCUAAAUGCAGGUGUACUUAACCCUCCCACUGAGGCAAUGCACAACAGCGGGCUCACAUCUGCAUAAUUAAUUCACUCAAAUGUGAUGUGCAUUUCUGUGCCAAUUGAAUCUGACAUUUAAGGUUUAUGUUUGAGGUUAUUAAACUGCAGCCUGCAGAGCAAAAUGACUGUCUAUGCAUUUGGAAUUAAAGCCUGACUGAGUAAUAUCCACUCUGGGUAAUAAAGCUUGUGUUUGCACAUCUCCUGUUA